AUGACUCAUCUUCCGCCGAUUUCCGUACCGGACCUUCCUCCCCCGCCGCCAUGGCAUCUGGCCCCGCCUCCGGCUGAUGAAAGCGGGAUCAUCGUCGUCCGCCUGAUAAUCGGCUUCGCGGCCACUCUGCUCGCCAUCUUCGCGUGCAGCUUCUGCAAGGGAUACCGGAACAGCCGAGAAGCUCGCGCCGCGGCCGAAGACGCCGCGGCUCGGCAGCGGCAGCAGGCGCCGCGGCUCCGCAGGCUCACUCAGGAGCUGCCACCGGCCCGUGCCGCCGGAACGAACCCGGCGGCACGGCUACCGGCGUUCACGUACAGCCGGUCGGUGAAGCACAACGUGACGGGCGCAGGGGAUCAGGAGGCGGCGACUUGCUCGGUGUGCCUGGGCGCGUUCCAGCUCGGCGAGAAGGUGCGGCUGCUGCCGGUGUGCCUGCACCUGUACCACGUGGAGUGCAUCGACCCGUGGCUGGACACGCACUCGACGUGCCCGCUCUGCCGCUCGGACACCGAUGCCACGGCGGAGCUCGGCCGACUGCCGCCUGUUUAGGUUGGUUGGCUUGCGGUGUCAGAGGCCGGCGGGACGUUUUGUAAAUGCAUGAUUUCUCGUGCCAGGCUGCGUGAAAGCGUUGGUUUCGGCUGCAUCUACAAAGUAAGAGGCAGCAAUAUGUACAAA